AUGGCAUACUACUCUUCUUUUCAGUUGCUAGGUUUCUUCUGCUUGAUGAUCAGCUUUCUUCAGCUCAUUCUACUCCAAGCCUUGGCUUGGGGACCUGAUGUUCCUACACAAGGCUUUGUCACCCUCCCUUUUAACCGAUCAUUCUACCAUAUUCAGAAGCCUUACGAUGUCCCCGAAGACCAGCGCUUCAGCUUCGUGAUGUGUUUGGAGCAAGUCCUCCUCAUGCCACAACUCUUAAUGCUUAGGGUUUACAGUGGUUCACUCAUGUACUACACGGGUCCAGUGUUGGUACCAAACAUCUAUGACAAAUGGUUCAAGUUGAAUGUGAUUCACGAUGUUGAAGCUGCAAAAGUGAAGGUUUACAUUGAUGGAUGUCUCAAAUUAGAGGCAGAUGGUCGUGGAGGCACAUCUCAUGCAUUCAAAUGUGGUGUAUACGCCCAGCAUAAUGACUCCUUUUACAUGGGACGAAACACAUCCAUCCAAGUUUCAAGAAAGUGUAGACCUUGA